CGUCCUCCACAAGCAGGGCAAACACAAAUCCAGACACGGUGGAGGAGGACGAGUGAGAAAGGAUGGUGAAACAAGUAGUUCAGAUCUGCGCUGGGAUGCUGUUCUUGGCUCUGUGCGUGCACUCGGGGGCAGCUGCUGCAGGCAUGCUGAGAGUCGACGGGGCCCAGGAUGGCGGUGGCGGCAGCGCGGACACCAUCAGCCACUCCCUGACCCUGGUGCAGCGUCUGGAGGCCCUGCUGGUUCAGGGCAACGGCAGUGACGUGUCGCUCAGGGUGGAGACGCCCAGUGCAGACGAGGUGAAGGUGAUCCAGACUCACUCGCUGGUGCUCUCCCUGCAGAGCCCCGUGUUCGAGGAGAUGCUGCUGAGCCGCAACAGCAGCACGCUGGUACUGAAAGAGAGCUCCGACUGUGCCGCUGUGUUUGAUAAGUUCAUCAGGUAUCUGUACUGUGGAGAGAUUUCUCUGCGUCUGGACCAGGCCAUACCUUUACACAAGCUGGCCACUAAGUACCAAGUGAUGGGUCUUCAGCAGGGCAUCACCCAGUACAUGACCCAGAAUCUUGCCCGGGACUCCUCCUCUGGCCAUGUGGCGGGCUGGUACGAGUACGCCCUGCAGGCGGGGGACGUGACUCUGAGGGACAGCUGUCUCCAGUACAUGGCCUGGAACCUGACGUCGGUGCUGCAGAGCGCAGAGUGGGUGACCAUCAGCAGCCAGCUGCUCAUGUCCCUGCUGCAGCGCUCGGACCUCAUCCUGCAGAGCGAGAUGGAGCUCUUUGCAGCGCUGGAGGCCUGGAUUAUCCAGAAUGAGCCGGACGGUCUGACAGCGGAGAAUGCUUUGAGAGCUGUGCGCUACGCCAUGAUGCCGCCACGGGAGCUCUUCCGCCUGCAGACCCAGUCAUCAGUCCUGGCUCGCUACCAGGAGUCGGUGCGCGACCUGCUGUACAUGUCCUACCAGUUUCACUCUGCGUCGCCGCUGCACAUGGCCAAAUACUUUGAUGUGAACUGCAGCCUCUUCAUGCCCAGGAACUACCUAUCGGCAGUGUGGGGGUCGCCGUGGAUCAUCAGCAACCCAACGCGGGACGACCGCAGCACCAGCUUCCAGACCCAGCUGGGUCCCAGCGGCCACGACGCCAGCAAGCGGGUGACUUGGAACGCCCUGUUCUCACCACGCUGGUUGCCCCUCAGCAUGAGGCCGAUGUACACGGAGACGGGCGCCAUGCAGCCGACACGUGUGGAAGGAGGGCGCCCUCGGAUCAUCAUCACACCGGCUACGUCCAGUGCAGAUUUCGCCGGGGUGAACUUCCAGAAGACGGUGCUCGUGAUGGCUCAGCAGCAGGGGAAGGUGGUGGUGAAACACGUCUACAACUUCCACCAGAGCACGGAGGAAAACGGCGAUUUCUUGGCCGAAGCCGACCUGUACCGCCGGACGUCUGAUUACCUCAUGGACAGCUCCCUCUUCCUCCAUAUUGUCGUGAAGCCACUGUACCAGACCCUCAUAACCACCAAGAACUGACCCCCCCCCGGGGCUCUCUGGGCCACCGUACCUCACCGCACACGAUCCAACCCUCUAGAGCGACUUCUCACUCAUAUCACAUCAUGGGGACGUGGAUCUGAAUCCUCCUCGUGUGUGAUAUUUGGAUCUUGUCUCAUACAACUUCUGUUUUCAUUGGGCAACUAACACGCUAUCGCCUGACUCUUUACUGAGUGUAAAAUCAUUCUGAAUCUCUUAUAGGAUGAGUCUGGUGCAGUUGUAUAGUUUUAUUACUGACCACAAAUCCCAUGAAAAGACCAAAAACCAACAAUGAGUUGAUCCUUACGAGUAUUGUGUGUGUAUCAAAGCCUGAUAUAUCCUUUUCCUCUUCCUCUGUGCCAUAGAGCUCCAAAACACCUCAGUGAGCCACACUGUUGCACUAGGUUACAUGUCCCAAAUACUCACUAGAGUAACAAAUGUGGAUUAAUCCGCCUCUGAAAAUAGUCCCCAAUAAAUUUCCUUCAGUUUGAGAAACGUUUGAUUAAAAGAAAUCACUUUAAAAAAAUUAAACUAAACAUUUGUGAGCCGUUUUUUAAAGAUUAUUGAACCUGACAGACGGACAAACACACUGUUGUUUUCAUGGGAUUGGUUGACAAUAAGACAACUACAGAACAUCACCGGCUGUAUCCAUGUUCCUGCCACACUGUCUUUGUAUUGUUUUUUAAUGUAUUGUUAAUAUUGGUGCUAUUUUACCCUGUUUACGUUCGUCAUUCAUCACCCAGUAAGCACUGAUUUGGUGAUUUGCAAAUCAAACUAUAUUUAGAUGUCUAGGUUAUAACUGGGCUGAAUUUGGUUUUUACUUUUUACUUUAAUAUAUUUAUAAAACCACUCUUACAAGCCUUCACACCACAGUAGAUGUCAGAGUACCUUGUUGUUAGCACAUUAAUGUGAUUGACGUUACCUAGAUUCACUGUUGCAUUAAUCAAUGUUACCUCAAAGUAAAGAUUUUUAAUAAAGUUUUAAAAAUAAAUAGUUAAUUGUC